UGUCGGUGGUGGUUUUUGUAGCUAAAUUUGGUCCUAUUAAUUUCACCAUUAUUCGGGUUGCAAUCUUAAUAAUAAGUGUGCCUAGUUUUCACCCUUUUUAGAAAUUGUAAAGGGAAAAAGCGAUCAAAGGGUGUAAUCCAUUCAGAUGUCUCCCUAACUGCACAUCAAUCAAAUUGUGUCAUCAUUUGACAGCAGCACAGUCACAAGUAACUAGAAAUAAUUACCUGCAAUCAUCUCCACAGUAUGGCAACGGGUACACUGCAAAAAGCUAUAGAACUGGUUACCAAAGCGACAGAGGAGGAUCGAAAUAAAAAUUACGAAGAAGCGCUUCGUUUAUAUGAACACGGUGUGGAGUAUUUUUUACACGCGAUUAAAUACGAGGCCCAAGGAGAAAAGGCCAAAGAGAGCAUACGCGCAAAAUGUUGUCAAUAUUUAGAACGCGCAGAGAAAAUUAAAGAAUCUAUUAAGAAAGGCAAAAAGAAACCAGUCAAGGACGGCGAAACCCCCAAAGAUGAGAAAAAGAGUGACAGCGACAGUGACGACAGUGAAGAUCCGGAAAAGAAGAAACUUCAAAGCAAACUGGAAGGGGCCAUAGUCGUCGAAAAGCCACACGUGAAAUGGUCAGACGUUGCGGGGCUAGACGCCGCCAAAGAAGCACUCAAAGAGGCAGUUAUUUUACCGAUCAAGUUUCCUCACCUGUUUACAGGGAAACGAGUACCGUGGAAGGGAAUUUUGCUAUUCGGGCCUCCGGGUACGGGUAAAUCCUAUCUGGCAAAGGCAGUGGCCACCGAGGCGAAUAAUUCCACGUUUUUCUCCGUAUCUUCGUCGGAUCUCGUCUCGAAGUGGCUAGGCGAAUCGGAGAAACUUGUACGGAAUCUAUUCGAAUUGGCACGCCAACAUAAACCUAGCAUAAUAUUUAUUGACGAGGUCGACUCCUUAUGUUCGGCUCGGUCGGACAACGAGUCGGAAUCGGCGCGAAGAAUAAAAACUGAAUUUCUUGUUCAGAUGCAAGGUGUCGGUCACGAUUCGGAAGGUAUACUUGUACUCGGUGCAACUAAUAUUCCUUGGGUAUUGGAUGCGGCAAUUCGCAGACGAUUUGAGAAACGUAUUUAUAUUCCUCUACCCGAAGAAGCCGCACGUUUGGUGAUGUUUAAGUUGCAUUUAGGCAAUACGCCGACCCAGUUAUCGGAGGAGGAUCUCAAGGUACUAGCGAAAAAAACGGAAGGGUAUUCUGGUGCGGAUAUAAGCAUAGUGGUUAGAGACGCUCUCAUGCAACCCGUUCGAAAGGUUCAAACGGCUACACAUUUUAAACGAAUACGAGGUCCCUCGCCGAAAGACCCCAAUGUCAUGGUAGACGACCUUCUAACGCCUUGUUCGCCGGGUGAUGCGGGAGCGAUCGAAAUGACCUGGGUGGAUGUUGACGGUGAUAAAUUACACGAACCUCCAAUUGUGAUGGCCGAUAUGUUACGAUCUUUGGCAACAUCCAAACCUACGGUGAACGAAGAGGAUAUGGUCAAAUUAGAGAAAUUCAUGGAAGAUUUUGGUCAGGAAGGAUAAUUAGUUGAUAGAGAAAUUUGUACAGUUAAAGGUGACCAUCUUGUUUUUUGUACGCUUUGUUGUAAAAAGUCAGCUUAUUUGUUAUUUACACAGGCUAAGCAGUUUCAAAUCUAGCGAUGUCGGCUGCGCGCUAUCCAUUACUUUUUAAGAUUAACUAUUGUCCUGUUAAAUAUGUAUAGCUAAGAAAUUAAUCAUCCACGUAUUUAUGUUUGUGUUCGAGCUAUGCUUGAUUUUUUUUUAUUAAAUUAGUACUUUAUUUUUAUGUAA